AUGUCAGUUGCAGAAAUUGCUUCAAAAGAUGUUUAUAGGAAAAGAAAAAGUUCUGGACUGUGUCAGUCUGAUAGAGUUGCUUGGGAAAGAAUGACUGGAAUCCAGCAGAUGGACAAGAACAACUCCCUUCUGUUUCAAUUUCUAUGGAAUGGAUGCUUACACGCAUUGCUUGCUUUGUGUUUUGAUGAGUCAGGCUGUCCUUGGGUUAUGCAUUAA